AUGGUUCAACGAAGUAGAAGCGUAGCUAUUUUUAUUUUUCACUUACCCUAUUAAAUUUUUUUAAAAACUCUCUCUCAGACACACACACUCUCUCUCUGCUCAUAAUACACACAGUCCCUCUACUCUCUCUCUCUCUUUCUCCUACAAGUAGACUUUAAGACAACUUUGUCUCAGUGUUGAGUAAUGUAAUAAGAAACCCAUCUGGCCAUUUAAUAGAACCGGAAUAUCUCUCUCUCUCUCACUCUCUAUUUAGAGAUCUCUUCUUACAUCAUCAAACUCAUUCGCCACAACAGCCAUGGACUACGAAUACGGAGGAGGAGAGUACUACAGGAGAGGACACGUGCCGGCGUUCGGGAGCUGGGACUGGAACGACGCCGUUCCAUUCACUCAGUGCUUCGACACAGCAACCACUCAACAGCCUUCUUCCAUUCUCCAUUACGCUUCUUACCCACAAGAUCGCGAUCUUUAUCUCGCCGGCGAUCUUUACGACAACCACCACCUCGUCGCUCCGGCCGUCAUCCUCCUCCCUCGACGCCGUGCUAAGGUGGCUCAGGAGCCGAAGAGAACCGUCUCCAAGGACCAACACAACUUCAAGAUGGAGUCGCGUGAGGAAAACGCGCCGAGAAGCUGUCCAACGCCGGUGGUGAGACGGAGGACGAAGGCUCCGAAACCUGUGGACGAAGACUUGUACAAAGUGUCCCCUCAACUUCUCUCCGUCAAAUCCACAAAGAAAAGAGGAGGAGGGUUUGGGUGCAUUUCAAGGUGUUUUUUGCCAACACGGGUUCUUUGAAGCCACAAGCAUGAGAGAUUGAGUCAGACAACACUUUUGUUUUUGUUUUCUUCUUUUUUUCUUUUCGUUCUAAUAUUUUAAUAUAUGAAAAAAAAACCGUAUGCUUGUGAAAUUAUGUAUGUAUUUUAUGCGUAGGAAAAAAAGGAGAUGAAUUCUAAAGGAUAAGCUUAUUAUGUAGCUUUGGGAAAAGCGAGCCAUGUUGUAUUACAUAAACUAUAUAUAAAAAAAAAAUUAAGACU